GAGACAGCAAAGGUUCGGAAACACAUCGCUCGCUGGUUUGUGCUGAUGAUGACGUGCAUGCUUGGCUUGAUCCUGGGCUUCAUGCUGGGAUUUCUGAUGAGCUUCCUUGGCUGCACGGACGGCAACACGGGCGUUUGUGUGACAGGACUCACCUUCGCCGGGGUCUUCGUUUGCUCGUUGGUCUGCAUGGUCACCGGCUUCUUCGGUUUAAAUGUGAGUGUGGGCCGGUAUGGCAAUGCCGUGUUCGAGAGGAUCCACGUUCUGGUGCCACAGCUGGCGGCCUCAAAUCCGAACAUGAAGCUGGACAUCAUCAAUGUGCAGAUCGGCAACGGCCCAGCCCAGUUCGACCUGAGGGUCACUCUGCGGAAACCGGGCGAGAGUGUCGAGCCCCAGGAGAAGAUCCCGCAGAAGCCGCAGGUGCCCACGUCGCCGAUCUCGGCGGAUCUCGUGGCCUUGCCCAAGGCAUUGCCCACGAAUUGGGUGAACCAGGACAUCAGCGCAGGGCACUUUCGCAAGCGAUGCGACGUGUCAGGCGACGGUC